AGUUGGAGCUCGAGAGAGAGAGAGAGAGAGAAUAAAAAGCAAAAGCAGAAGCGCCCAUCUCCUCUUCCUCCUCUCCUUCCUCUUCUUCCUCCUCCUCCCUUACCUGUCACUUCCGUUCCAAUCUCAUCACAGAGUCUCUCUCUCUCUGUCUCUCUCGCAACAGACAAGAGACGAGGCAAGGAUUACAGAGGGAUCCCAGGCACAUGCGCCUCCUCCAGGUUACUUUGUUCGCCUGGAAUAUCGGAGAACUCGAGAGAACCUUCUCUUGAAGAAGAGUCCUAGCAAGAAAAUGCGUCGGUGGCUUUGUUGUACCUGUCAAGUCGAAGAAUCUUACGCUGCAAAUGAUGAUGAGCUACUGAAAAGCCCAAGGAACCGUGUACAUGGGCCCCAAAAAAAUUCAAAGUUGUCUGCUCCUGUUAAACCUGAAGUGCAAAAGUCAGCACCACCUAUUGAGGUUCCUGCUCUGUCGUUGGAUGAACUAAAAGAAAAGACUGAUAAUUUUGGAUCAAAGUCAUUGAUUGGUGAAGGAUCUUAUGGAAGAGUAUAUUAUGCUAACUUAGAUAGUGGGAAAGCUGUGGCUGUCAAAAAGCUUGACAAUUCAUCUGAGGCUGAGUCAGAUGUGGAGUUCCUGACCCAGGUUUCCAUGGUAUCAAGGUUGAAGCAUGAAAAUUUUGUACAGUUGCUUGGUUACUGUGUUGAAGGGAAUCUUCGUGUGCUUGCAUAUGAAUUUGCGACCAUGGGAUCACUACAUGAUGUACUACAUGGAAGAAAAGGAGUUCAAGGUGCGCAACCAGGCCCUGUCCUUGACUGGACACAGCGAGUGAGAAUUGCUGUUGAUGCAGCGAGGGGAUUGGAAUAUUUGCAUGAGAAGGUUCAGCCUUCUAUAAUCCACAGGGAUAUUAGGUCUAGCAAUGUGCUUCUUUUUGAAGACUUCAAAGCCAGAAUUGCAGAUUUUAAUCUGUCAAAUCAGGCACCUGACAUGGCUGCCCGCCUUCAUUCUACCAGAGUUUUGGGAACCUUUGGCUAUCAUGCUCCAGAGUACGCGAUGACUGGACAAUUGACACAGAAAAGUGAUGUGUAUAGCUUUGGAGUUGUUCUUCUAGAGCUUUUAACUGGGAGAAAACCUGUUGAUCAUACCAUGCCGCGGGGACAGCAGAGUCUUGUUACCUGGGCAACUCCAAGAUUGAGCGAAGACAAGGUUAAGCAAUGCGUAGAUCCAAGGCUUAAUGGAGACUAUCCUCCAAAGGGAGUUGCCAAGUUGGCGGCUGUUGCUGCCUUGUGUGUGCAAUAUGAAGCAGAGUUUCGGCCCAACAUGAGCAUCGUUGUCAAGGCUAUGCAGCCUCUGCUGAAAGCUGCAGCGCCAGCAUCUGCUCCAGGGACUUGAUUGAAAACGAAUUCAAAGUCCUUCCGCCUCGCAGUAUCAUCUUAUGCAUAGUUUGCUCCAUAUUCUCUGGUGCAUACGAUGAUAUAUUUUCUUUUUUCCUUUUUCAGAGUAGAGAUGAUGGGUAUACAUUAUUUGAUGAGUUGUGUUCUCUGACGGGAGAUUGUAUUUAGAAUGUGAGCGGCCCAUGCCAAGCCAGCUGCUAAGGCAGUCAGUGCCGGCAUGACGCUCCGUUAGCUUGUACCUUUCGUCGUAAGCUGUCUUCUGUGGACAUAUAUCUUCAAUUAUUUCCAAGUAAAUUUUACUGGCUGUCUCGUUC